UGGCGGGUGCGUUGCCGGGGUCCAGGGGGGGCGGCAGUGGUCCCCCAGAGCCCCCCCCUGACCCCGCUGAAAUGCAACCAGCUCUGGGGUGGUGCCAGGCCUGGUCCCAGGGUCCUCGCACAAGCAUUUGGGAGGGGAAGUGGAGACCCCCGCAUGUGCCCCCGUCUCACCUGGGGGGUCCAGGCCUGCCUGCUUCUCUGGGGGCGGGGUUGGGCGGUCUAGGGCAGGCCCUCCCCUGGGGCUCAGUCUGUGCUGUAUGGACUGGGAGGGUGACCCCUGCCUCAGGGGCGGAGCCUAUGAGAGAGUCCCGCCCCCAGGGCAUGUGGCUGCUGACCCAGAUUGGCUGGAGCUGCCAGGCUUGUGGGGUGGGUGCAGGGUAGGGCCCCGUCCCAGGCCGCUCCCCGUGGUCCAUAUAGCACUGACUCAGCCCGGGCCAGGGGCCAGUUUCCAGGGGGCAGGUUGUGCCCAGGGGAGAGCCUGGGGGACCCUUGUGCUCCAGGCUUGGGGGGCAUGGGUAGUUCAUUGCUGGGGGGCUCUGCCCACAGGCCUGGGGGGGCCUGCACAGGACAGGGGUCUGGGGUGGGGGGAGGGUGCAUCUACUUACCCCCUUUUGUCCCCCCCAGGGGUUCCCGGCGCCCGGCUGUGCUGAGCUCUGCUCCCCGGCGCCUCUGGCUGCAGCUUCUUCCAUGGGCUCCCCAGUGUCCUUCGUGCUGUCCCGCAUGGCGGCCUGCGGAGGUGCAGGGGCCAAGAGCCGCCUGACAGUGCCGAAGCCGGUGUGGGACUUCCUGACGCAGCAGAGCCCGGGCAAGCUGGCGCGGCUGCGCGAGGCAACGCCCGUCAGCAUCCUCAUUGACGGUGAGACGGCCGAGCUCUAUGUGCUGCAGCUUACAGCGCCCGCACCCGCACCUGCCCAUGGCCUGUAUGCCGCCCGCAAGGCCCUUAAGGCCCUGCUCAAGGAGACCGAGAAGGAGCUCAAGAAGGCCCAGCGCCAGGCUGAGCUGGGUGGCUGCGUGGCCCUUCUGGGCUCCCGGGCACCGCGGGGGACAGCCGCGGGCGUGGGCAUGGGCCCGGCGGCGGGUCAGGGCCCGGGUGGUUCCGGGGAGGAGGAGCCCGAGAGCCAGUGCCCAAUCUGCCUGGGCGAGAUCCAGAACCGCAAGACACUGGAGCAGUGCCGUCAUGCCUUCUGCGAGGGCUGCAUCACCCGUGCCCUGCAGGUCAAGCGGGCCUGCCCCAUGUGUGGGCGCUUCUAUGGGCGCCUGGUGGGCAACCAGCCUGAGAAUGGGCGCAUGCUGGUGUCCAAGGACUCGGGGCUGCUGCUGCCUGGCUACGAGAAGUAUGGCACCAUCAUCAUCCAGUACGUCUUCCCGCCCGGCGUGCAGGGGGCGGAGCAUCCCAACCCGGGCGUGCGGUACCCAGGCACCACGCGUGUGGCCUACCUGCCCGACUGCCCUGAGGGCAACAAGGUGCUGGGGCUGUUCCGGAAGGCAUUCGACCAGCGCCUCACCUUCACCAUCGGCACCUCCAUGACCACAGGCCGCGCCAACGUCAUCACCUGGAAUGACAUCCACCACAAGACCAACUGUACCGGCGGGCCCCAGCUGUUCGGCUACCCCGACCCCACGUACCUCUCCCGGGUGCAGGAGGAGCUGCGGGCCAAGGGCAUCACUGAGGAUUGACCCCCCCACAGGAUCCCUCCCGGCUUGCGGGGCACAGGGGGGCAAGAGCCUGGGGGCAAGGGGCAUGUGUGUCUGCGUGCACACGGGGGCAAGGGGGGGAGCUGUGUGAACCAGGGCUGCGUGCAGUAGCGUGUGUCAAGCGGUGUGUAUGUGUUGUCCCAGGUGCCUGGGUGCUGUGUGUACACGUGUGUGUGUGUGUGUGUGUGUGUGUGUGUGUCUGUCUCAGAUGCCUGGGUUCUGUGUGCAUGUGAUCCUGGACUCCUGGGUUCUGUGUGCGCAUGUGGGUGUGCGUGUCAGACACUUGGGUUUUGUGUGUGGGUGUUUGUGUGUGCGUGUGUCCCGGAUGCCUGGGUUCCAUGUGUGCCCACGCGUGUGCGAAUCAGCCCGCGUUGAGAGGUGGGGGGUAUGUGCAUGCUGGUGAGCUCCCGGCAGCAUGUGCCUCUGUGCGUGCAUGCGUGAAAGGAGCCGUGUGUGUGUGCGUGCAGAGCCCUGCCCCCGCUCCCCCAGCCCCAGGACAUCGCCCUCGCCAGACCCCCAUCGUCGCCGUGGCCUCGUGGCCUGGACGUGCCCCCCCAGUGGAUGGACAUGCCCCCCC